ACCGGCACCGCACCGGCAGCGGCAGAGCACCAGCAGCGGCAGCGGGGCGAGCCCUGGCGGCCCCCGCGGGCGGCGGGGAUGGCGGGCCGGGGGCAGCAGGGCGCGCCGGCGGGGGGCCGCGGCCGCUGAGACAGGAGGUUUUCAUUCCCUGUACACCUUUGGGAGGAGCUCACUAUGACAGGGCAGAGUCUGAAGGCUUUAUCUGAAGCAAAUUUUGAAGACAAUGAGAUCAGCAUCAAUGUUGGAGGCUUUAAGAAAAAGAUGAGAUCCAACACAUUAUUAAGGUUCCCGGAGACCAGGCUGGGAAAACUGCUGAGCUGCCACUCAAAGGAGUCGAUACUGGAGCUCUGUGACGACUAUGAUGACACCAAGAAUGAAUUUUAUUUUGACAGGAACCCCGAGCUCUUUCCUUACGUGCUACAUUUUUAUAACACCGGCAAGCUCCAUGUGAUGGGUGAACUCUGUGUGUUUUCUUUCAGCCAGGAGAUUGAAUACUGGGGAAUCAAUGAAUUCUUUAUAGACUCCUGCUGCAGUUACAGCUACCAUGGGAGGAAAAUGGAGCCAGACCAAGAGAAAUGGGAGGAACAAAGUGACCAGGAAAGUACCACAUCAUCUUUUGAUGAGAUUUUGGCAUUCUACAACGAUGCCUCUAAAUUUGACAAACAACCCUUUGGAAACAUCAGGAGGCAGCUCUGGCUUGCUUUGGAUAAUCCUGGGUACUCAGUUUUAAGCCGAAUCUUUAGUGUCCUUUCAAUAGUGGUGGUGUUGGGCUCCAUCGUGACCAUGUGCCUGAACAGCCUGCCAGACUUUCAGAUUAUUGACAGCAAUGGGAACCCCGAGGAAGACCCUCGCUUUGAAAUCGUGGAACAUUUUGGUAUUGCAUGGUUCACUUUUGAACUGGUGGCGAGAUUUGCAGUAGCCCCUGACUUUUUAAAAUUUUUCAAGCAUGCUUUGAAUUUGAUUGACCUCAUGUCUAUUCUUCCAUUUUAUAUUACCUUAAUUGUCAACUUGGUAGUGGAAAGUAGUCCGACUUUAGCAAAUUUAGGCAGGGUUGCACAAGUCCUGAGACUCAUGAGGAUUUUCCGCAUAUUAAAGCUUGCUAGACACUCCACAGGUCUCAGGUCUCUUGGAGCCACCCUGAAGUACAGCUACAGAGAGGUGGGGCUUCUUUUACUUUACCUCUCUGUUGGCAUCUCCAUUUUCUCAGUGGUAGCUUACACCAUUGAGAAGGAAGAGAAUGAGGGGUUAGCCACCAUCCCUGCUUGUUGGUGGUGGGCUACCGUUAGCAUGACCACAGUUGGCUAUGGGGACGUUGUGCCAGGGAGCACUGCUGGCAAGUUGACGGCAUCUGCAUGCAUCCUAGCUGGUAUCCUAGUGGUAGUGCUUCCCAUUACACUCAUCUUCAAUAAAUUCUCCCACUUCUAUAGGCGUCAGAAGCAGUUAGAGAGUGCCAUGAGAAGUUGUGAUUUUGGUGAUGGCAUGAAAGAAGUUCCGUCAGUCAACUUAAGGGACUACUAUGCGUAUAAAGUUAAAUCACUUAUGGCCAGUCUUACCAAUAUGAGCAGGAGCACCCCCAGUGAGCUGAGCCUGAAUGAUUCGCUGCAUUAGUGCACAAGUUUGACAGCAGUUUGCAUGAGAGCUAUCAAGAGCUAUGUUUAUAAGUGUUUUCCUAUUUGUCUUCUUUUUUUUCCUAGAGGAUAGUGUUGCUGACACUGCACUAACUUUGCACUUGAGAAACUAAAGACAUUUCUAUUACAAGUUGACAGUUUGCACAUUUUCAUCCUGUUGCAUAGGUACUAAAUGCUGACUUUUCCAUGCAAAUGUUACAACUUCCAUGACAUUAGUGCUGACAGUAUAGUGAUGAUCUGUUACUUUGUGCAUUUCCUCAUCGGAGCAGAGAAAUGAACGUACCCAAGUGGAAUAAAAAUUCUCAGCUGUGACACGAGUAAUGACAAAAAUCACCUAUCACCUAUGCUGGUACCUGUACUAGUGUAGGACUUCACAUGAAUUUUACAACAAUUUAAAACAAUCACCUGUGAAUCACUGACAUGGGAACACUCUUCCUCAUUUUUCUGACCAGUUAUUCUGGUCAUCACAUGUCUGAAAACACCUCCGAGCUUCACAUUUCAACGGAAGUGUGCUUACUCUCGAGCACAUGUGUUAAAAACUGGGUGUUCUUGUUCUGAAAUGUUAUGUAUGAUAAUAUCUUUCAGAAGCUUCUAAGCAUAAAGAUACCUCUGUUUCCAAGAUUAGGUCAAUACUGAGCCUUCUGAAGAAGCCCACUCUUCAUUUUCAGAUGGCUAUGUAUUCAAAGACUACAUUUCCACAAGUGAUUCCAGAUAUGGAGGCCCAUGAAGAUAUCUCAGGUUUCCAUUUCCAGAAAUGAUCUGCACACAGCUUGGUUCCAGUGAAACUGAAGAUACACUGUAUUUCACUUCAUCAAAAUGGUUCUGAGAUUAGACACACAAAAACGUGGAUUUUCAACAAUUAGAAGCUCCAGUGAAAAACUUGGAUUUGUUUAAUGGAGCAAAAUAUUCCCACAUGAACUGUACAGGCAGCAUUUUAGGAACUGACAUUCAUAUACUGCAAAAA